AUGAUUGCAAUCAACCUUGACUUUGCAGAUCUUCAAUGGCAGUAUCAAAUUUCAACCACGUUUUUCAUUUGCGUGAUCGUUCCGUUGAUGUAUUAUACGCAUGAGAAAUACAUGACUUCCAGACCAAACAAGUAUAACAAGCUUGAAGCGCCAAAAAAAUUAGACUACGUCAUUCCUGAUGAGGCCAAACGCCACUGGAAAGGAAAGCGACUUUAUCCACCAAGCCUCGGCAUAAAAGUGCCAGGUGAGAGCGAUAAAAUUCAAAGCUAUUGUCCGGCCACAGGCCAAUACUUGGGCUCAUUUCCUUGUAUAUCCAGAAAAGAAAUGGACCAACAAAUCAGUGCAGCAGCAGCAGCUCAAAAAUCAUGGGGUGAUUCUUCAUUUGCAACAAGAAAGCAAUUGAUGAGAACACUUAAUCAGUUCAUCAUGGACAACCAGGAGAACAUUGCUCGGGUGGCUUGCAGAGAUAGCGGCAAGACCAAGUUGGAUGCUUCCAUGGGCGAAAUUAUGGUCACCCUUGAAAAAAUCAGCUGGAUAAUUGCUCAUGGUGAAAAAGCCUUGCGCUCUUCGGCAAGACCAGGGUCAUCGUCGUUGCUCAUGGGGCUCAUGAAAAACGCAGAGGUGCGCUACGAGCCCCUCGGUGUCGUUUCGGCUAUCAUAUCUUGGAACUACCCCCUUCAUAAUCUCAUUGGACCCGUUGUGGCUGCUCUUUUCUGCGGCAAUGCAAUUGUCAUAAAAUGUUCCGAACAGGUCGUGUGGUCAUCUUCGUGGUUCGUUGGUAUGAUCCGUGUCGCGCUUCGCCUGCUUAACAUCAACGAGGACUUAAUUCAAUUAUGCUACUGUUUCCCAGAAGAUGCGGACUACUUUACGUCGCAUCCGGGCUUGAAACAUAUCACGUUUAUUGGAUCUAAGCAAGUGGCACAUAAAGUGUUGCAGAGCGCCUCAAAGGAGUUGACUCCAUGCGUCAUUGAGUUGGGCGGAAAAGAUUCUGUUUUAGUCAUGGAUGAUGUUCCUGACAUCAAGGCCUUGUCCUCAGUGAUCAUGAGAGGUACAUUUCAAAGCGCUGGUCAAAAUUGCAUUGGUAUAGAGAGGGUCAUCUGUUUACCUCACAUCUAUGAUGAGCUUGUGGCCAUCUUGAACGAGAGAGUAGCUACCCUUCGACUUGGCUCAGAUAUUGACCAGUUGGACGAAAUUGAUAUGGGAGCUAUGAUAUCAGACAACCGAUUUCAGCAAAUCGAAGAUUUAAUUCAAGACGCUGUGGAUAAGGGUGCUCGCUUGUUGCAUGGUGGAAAACGCUACCACCAUCCAAACUACCCUCAAGGACACUACUUUGCCCCCACUCUUCUAGUGGAUGUAGACACGUCCAUGAAGAUUGCAAAUGAAGAGGUGUUCGGUCCUGUUUUGACGAUGAUGAAAGCACGAGAUGUCGAGGAUGCCAUCGCCAUAUCAAAUAGCUCGGAGUAUGGAUUGGGUAACUCUGUCUUUGGAAAAAGCUUCGAGGCGUGCGAUGCCGUGGCCAAGAAGUUAGAAAGUGGCAAUGUGGCUAUCAAUGAUUUUGCCACCUUCUACGUCUGCCAAUUACCGUUCGGUGGAAUCAAAAAGUCCGGAUUCGGCAAGUUUGGUGGAGAAGAAGGGUUGACUGGUCUUUGCAAUGCCAAAGCUGUUGUCACAGACAAACCACUUCUUCGAGCUUUAGGAGUCAAGACUGCUAUUCCACCUCCAAUUGAUUAUCCAAUCGCAGACGACAAAAAAGCAUGGAGGUUUGUGAGUAGUCUAAACAUUGCCAGCUACGACACCCGGUUCUGGAGAGUGGUGAAUGCGCUCAAAAAGUUGGCCAAAGGUGGUGCUUGA